GUUUAGCUCCCAGUCGAGGAUUUCAUGUGUCGCGGUAAAGAAGCGCCAUGGCCGCGGCGGGCUUGGCUCCGAACCUUGGACUCUUUUGUCCACCUUUGGGUCCAGCUUGCCGGGCUCCGGAGGAGUCGGGUCCAAUCGAACUGGAAGUCUUAUGCGAGAAGUUGCUCUUCGCAGCCCUGAGCCGGUCAUAUGAAAUCCCCCGCGGAUCUUUGGCGCCAGAAAUCAGCCAACUCUUCCAGUUGCUGCUGCGGAAUCUGCAGGAAGGCAUCGAGGCCUUGCGCUUGCUCGCUUGCAUGAGCUCGUUUCGCUCCUGCUACGGCAACUCCACCUUUGGCCGGCCCUGGCGUCAUCUCCGGUCCUUGGUGAAGCGGGCGUCUUCGGCGCUGGUCUCUGCCGCCGAGGGCAUCUUCGGCGCGUAUGGCGUGCCAUUGAACUUGGUGGAGAUCCCGCGACCUGCGGCGGAGAUCGGCGGACUGCCCGAGAUCUUCGACGGGGUGGAGACCUUCUACCGCGCCUUCGAAAUGGCAUUCGAUCCCAUCAUGGGAGACGUCAUCCCUCAGGUUCUGGAGAGGAAGAGCCGUUUGGAUCGCCAAAGUCGAAGCUUGCGAGUCUAUUCCCCAGAUUUCCCCCCCGAGGCCAUGGGGACUCAACUCUGGCAGCGGUACCCAGACACCUUUGCGCCAGCGUGCUCCUCGCCGGGAUCUGUGCACCAGAGAGGCCAAGCUCGCGAAGGCAUCUUCGCCUACGACAUGUCGGGCCUGCGGAUGGCCCAUCGUACGGUGGAGGAAGCCUUAGAUGAGAUCGCGAAGGCAAGGAUUGACUUGUCCUUCCAGCUGGUGAAUCUGGGGGCCAUGGAUGGCAGAUGUAGCGGUGGACCAUCCACCGACCCUGCAAACUGCCUGCUCCAAGGCUCGACUUUGUUCAACCGCUCUUGGGGCGGAGUCGUGGUUGAGGCCAGUCCGCCGGCGAUUCUCUUCGAGCGCUUUGGUGGCCGAAGCGACAUUGCGGUGGUGCCCCUGCCCGUGUUCCCCGAGAAUGCUUCGGCCAUUUUCGGCUACGGCGUCGAGGCACCUGCAGGCAGCGCCAGCCUGGAUCUGCUGAAGAUCGAUCUGGACUCCUUCGAUUGCGACAUCGUCGCCACCAUGCUGCGCAUCGGGCCGCUGGCCCAAAACCCGCCCAAGCUGCUGUACAUCGACAUCAACCCCCACAUCCCCCCGCCUUUCCUGUACAGGACCAUGUCCAGCUCGCAGAGUCGCAUCAUCCCCUUCCAGGGCUCCUCGCUGCAGUGCUUCCUGGAGGCGUCGAACGCCGCCUUUCGGCUGCUGCACGUGGAGCUCUUCAACGCGGUGCUGGUGCGCCGGGACUUGGCAGACAUCUUCCCGGAGAUCCAGGGCGCCCGAGCCUUCGAUCAAUGGGCCGCCGGCUACUUCUGCCAUCCGCUGGCGCGGGUGCUUUGGCACCGGGAGCGCAUGGUUCGCUGGGCCGGCACGGACCCCCGGGUCUGGGCGGAUGAGCGCCUGACCUUGGCGCAGCGAGGGGAGAGUCUGCUGCAGACAUUGGGCCGCGUGAGGCUCCAAACCCCGACUUUCGAGUUCUCCUUGACCUGGUGAAGCCCGAAGCGCGCAACAAGCGGACCGGACCCGGAGUUCCGAAAGAGGCC